AUGAUCAUUUUUCAGUUAAUUAGCUCUGCCAUUCUGCUGGCUAUCACGACUAUCAAUGCUCUUCCAUUCCCUACUUCAGUGGACAAACCAUUUAUCAGAGAUGAAGUCCUUAUCACUCGCGGAAUCCCGCAGGACUUUGCCAAGCACGCUGUUGCUGCUAUCAAAGCUUUCGGCCCACCAUCCUCCCAGACUAUGAUGCACUCUGGCAUUGGUCCUGCAAAAGCGUUUCAGGUUGCCAAAGCCAAGAAGUUACAGACCGUUGAGACGACAAUUCUCAAAGCGAUCAACAAUGACAAAGCGUCCAAACAGAACAUUUAUAAAAAUACUCUCCAGAAGUACUGUAUUCCUAAAGCUGACUACUGCGCUAUCCCGGGCACCAAUGUGAAUGACUGGGUCGAAGCCUGGGGUGUUAUAUCUAAGGCAUGGGCUUCAUAUACGACGAAGGAGACCACUCUUGCUACGGUCAAAGAAGGCCCUAAUGCAAAGUCUUUCUAUAAAGUAUUUGAAGAGCCUAUACUCACAAGCAACAGAGUUUCGAUCAAGAUCGACAACACUUAUCCUGCU